AGAAGAACUACGGAUCCAACUUUGCCAAGGAAAUUGGGAAAAUCUUCUGCGACUUCAUUAUUGCAAUAUCAGCAGGGUUUCAAAUAGUUCAAUUCGAAGGGAGAAAGACUUACCGCGACAUCAGCGCGCUGGACGUAAUGUUUGUCAGGGACAGAAAUCAGCUAGUCGCAUCCUGGGCGUCGUCGAUCUCCCGAUGGGACUCGGCAGGCGAGGUAGUGGACGAUCCAGAGCUAGCAAGCGAC